UUUCCCUCGCAAAAACCUUUGACUGGAAAAUUGUCGUAAACCCUUUUAGGUAGUCUAUAAACCGCCGCACUGGUUUCAUUAACACACACACACAAUUUGGGGGUUGGAUCGAUAUGGAAACAAUGUUGUCGUUUCUGAAUGAGAAAUCACGCAACCUCACUUCCCCUCUCCGUCUCACCCCUCCAAACCUCUCUCCGCUCAUCGCCCCACCUGCCAGGACCUCAUCUUCCGCAAAAUGGAAAACUUGGAUUGAAGUGCAUUCAACAAAGGACAGUAUGAGAGCUGCCUUACUUUUGGGUGCUCAAGCAUAUUUUCUCGGCCAAUCCUUUUAUCAUCUUACCCAUAUCUUUCCCCAAUCUCUGAAGUUUCGCUCUAGGACCUCCAAAGUUAACCCUCUGUGGUCUCACCAAGUGAAACAAAGCGCAAUCAAGCCCGGAGACCAUAUCUACACUUGGACAGCAGGCUGCGUUUACUCCCACCACGGCAUUUAUGUUGCUAAGAACAUGGUUGUCCACUUAAGCGCCUCAGAACAUGGUAGUUCUGGUUCCAUCAAUAGUUUGUUUUCUGGUUUCAUAGUUAGUAGUCCAAUACAUCAAGCCUCAUGUUCGAUACCUUGGUGUGGAUUUCACGGUUGUGGAAAUGGAGUGGUUGUUUUUUGUUUAGACUGUUUUAGCCGAAACAGAUCCUUGUACCUUUUUCAGUAUGAAGUGGGAACAUAUGCGUUCUUCCUUAAACUCCGUGGUGGCACAUGCACCACUGCGAAAUCAGACCCACCUGGACCAGUAAUUGAGAGAGCUAUGCAUCUACUAAAAUAUGGAUUUGGACCUUAUGAUGUGGUUAUGAAAAACUGUGAGGAUUUUGCUUUGUACUGCAAGACAGGCCUUGCAGUUCAUAAUGAUCAAGAUCUCCCCAGUGGAAUCGGUGGUAAAGUGAAUAGCUGGCUUGUUUUACCGUUGUCAGUCAUUGUUUCUAUGACACUUGUAAGAUUCAUGGGCACCCCUAUUGUGGCUUCAGUUGCUCUAGUGAGUCAUCUGUUAAACAGAUAUGCUUCUGACAUUGGUGUUCGAGUUGAUGCCCUUCCGGUUAAAUUUAGGAGAUUGCCGUUGCACUUUUUAGAUGUUGAAAAUAUCCGAACACGUACAGAGUCAAUGAUGGCAGUAUUAAAUAGUCCAGAGUUGAAGAGAAUAGAAGAUGAGAUCAAUGCUGGACAUUAAAUUAAGACAGCAUGUAUUUGAUAAGCUUAUGGUCAUUGAGGUCAGUCAUUUUUAUUAGAAACUGCUUAUUAAGAAAAGGUGUGUUUCAUAAUUUGUUUGUAUGCCUGUAUGAUCAUGUUUUUGAAAGUAUUCAGUAUGUAAAUCAUGGUAUUGAAGGCGUCCUGACUACGGCACAAGUGAAGGGUUUGCGAGUUUGUUAAUAUCAUUUGGAGAUGGGAUUUCCGAAGGGUCUUUUGUUUAUGCAGGUGAGCCAGGUUGUACCUCUCAUUACCAUGAAACUUCAAACCCAUUGUUAUUAUUAGUGUGACGUGUUUCUUACUGUGGAAAUUGCAUAAAAGGCAAUUGAACUUCAUCAUCAACUUUU